AUGAAUUCGGUAGAGUCGUUGGCGAUUUCCGCGUUACAAACUGCCACGCGCUCUUCUUCUUCUUCUUCUAUGAACAACAUAAACAACAUUAAAAACAACAACAAAAACAAUAAUAAUAACGUGGUGAAACUGAACAAAACGAGAGCUUUAUUCAACGCGGUCGAGGAUUCGUUUCAAAACAAACAAUUCAUAGACGAGAAACCGCCAGUUCUCGUCCGAGAAGGGAGAAUAUACGAGUCAAAAUACGCCUCCGUGGCGAAAUCUGCGUUCUUAUUCUCCGUUACGUUUGGGAUUUUCGUCGCCGCUUUGCGCAUAUACUUUGGUUUGUGGUCGAGCGGCGGGAGUUCAACGUAUUACUUUGACUUUCAGUUGAAUAGAUUUUCAACGAUGAAAGUUCUCGCGCUUUGCGUCGACGCCGUCGCGGAUUCUAUCGUCUACGCGAUUUGUAUAGCGCCCGCGUUACCGGCGCUCGCGUUGACGUGCGUAAAAAUAAGAUUGAACGCGCGCUUGCGCGAAGCUUCGGCGUUCUUACCGUACUCGUUGGCGCCGUUCGCGGCGAAAGACGCGAACGAACAGAAAAACAGAAGAAGAGCAAUGGACGUGAGCGCGAACGUGAAACGCCAUCGCGAGUUUGCGAAAUUGAAAACUCUUCUCAGAGACUGCGCGGAGCUCAGAUUUUCCUUCGCGCUUUCAGUACUCGAGGCAAAUAGAACUUUAGCUUUCGUAGCGUUGGCGUUUAAGACGCUGGCGUUAGGAUUUGGGCCUUCGCGGUACGCGUCGCCGUCGUUGUUUUUCUUAGACGCGUGUUUAAGCGCGUGCGCGUUUUGUGCAGCGAUUGUCGCGACUGCGCUGACGAGAGACGAGACAAACGUGAGAAGAAAAAUAGAAGAAGAGACGCGCUUUUUAGAGAGAGAAUAUUUACUCGCCCAACACAAAGGGACGUUUCUUUGUCGCUGGGAAUCUGACCCGUACGACGAAGCCGGGAAUAACAAAGAAGGCGCUCCGAGCGAACGGAAUCUCGUCGGUGUGGAUAAAGCAAUCACGAAUUCAGCCGUCGGGGAAGCGUCUCAGUUAUCCGUUCUCGAGUUGGGCGUUUCCCAAGAGCGGUGUUUGUCUUUAACUUUAGACGCGAAGGAUGGAUUGACUUCUUCUGAACUCACGCGAAGAGGAUUUACCGCGUCCUCGGUGUUUAUUCCAAACCCGUACUCCUCCGUCGUGUACGCCUUGCGAAACGGAACGUUUUCGGUCGAUAAUUCCAAGAAGGAAAAUGCAUUCACUGGAACAGUUGAAUCGUAUUUAGCGUCGCGAGAUCCCGCUUCCGAGUCCUUCCAAGUUGUCUAUCUGGACCAUUGCGGAGCCGUCAUGCAACGAACGCAACAAAUCUACGACGUGUUCUCGAGACACGCGGUGAAUGAUAACGGUAUUUUUGCCGUCACGUUUUCAACUCGAGGGAAACGAGCCGGGUGGAGUAAAGACGAAGCGGUGCGUUUCGCGGCGGAAACAAUACACGACGCGGCGACGAAACACGGAUACGUUUUGGAAGGCAACGCGGCGCCCUCGAUGCCGGGAUUGGUCGAUUACACCAUUUCUUCUUCAUCGUCGUCGUCGUCCUCGUCGGGUGUUUCUAAUUUACGAGCAUCGAACGAAGAAUCAAAGGUGUUAAAAGCGAUGUCGUCCAAUUUAAUGAAACAGGAUGACGUCGCGCUCGCGUUGUGCUCUUUGAAGUGGGCGAAUUUAGAGCAAACCGAAUCUGAGUUAGCGUUGGAAACGUGGAAAAGUCAAAGACGAAGACAAUUGCUCUUCGACGCGGCUAAGACUGUCGCGACGAAAGCGUCCAAGAAAAGUGACGACGACGGAUUAAGCGGCGGAAGUUUUGUGAGUACGAGCGCCGAGUUGCGAAAAUUGCGCUCUCUCGCUCGCGAAGUUCUCGACGCGAGAACCAAAACUUCCGCGCUCGGUGGCGGCGGCAGCGGCGGCGGCGCGUCUUCUUCCUCUUUAACCGGGGUAAUGGUGGACGCGAGUAAUAGCAUCACCUAUCCAAAAGUCUUAUAUUUGUACGGCACGUUGAUGUUUUUCGUGUUCAAGGUGAGAUGCUAUCACGCGGGGCGUUGA